AUGGAUCCCGAGACUACUCGGAUCGUGUUGAAGCUUCAACUGGACGACGUACACGCCAUCCUGAAGGCUUUGCCCAGCACUAGCAACGAUGGUGCCGUCAACAGCGAGCGAGUCGCUUUCGCCGCGCUCCGCGAUGAGCUCACGAGGAAAUGGCAAGAGGUACAUGGUCGUGUUUUCGCGCACAACAUGAUCAGGAAAGAGAAUGCUGGCCGAGAGUCGUUUCGGAAACUCUUGAAUGAGGAGCAGCAAGCUGAACGUGACCAUGACAUGGCUUGCACACUCGCUGGACAGCCGGUACCUCAGCGUCCUGUGGUGUCAGCCGACAAUGGCGUGCACAACAACGCAGCAGCACAGAAGCAGGAACCCAUCGACCACCGAACACUCGCCAGUGACAACUUGCGGUUCGAUCUCAGUGGCACUCAAGUCGCUCCAACCAGGCCCGAGCCUCAACAAGGCAAGAAGCGUCUUGCUGAGGACGACCCGAAGCCCGCUCCAGCAUCCAGUAACUUCAAGCGUGCGCGUGUCGACGAUGCGGAUGACCGAGACAAGAACUCUGUCACACCAUAUACGCAUGAAUCAUCACUCAAGAAGCGCGCCGCUUGCGUCGACGCCGCAAUACUUAGGGAGAAAGAUGACGGACGAACCAAGCGAACCAAGCUGGACCCUCAGGCCGAAACUGCUCCGAUUGCAGACGCCACGAAAGUCCCGUCGUCUGACACGGUCUGCGAGAAAGAGCAUGUCCAGACUGGAGCUAAGCCUGAUCUUGUUCUGUCUCGGACCUGCUCCUCAUGCUUCGACAUGCACCCCAUUCGAGACACGAUUCAGCUUCAAUGCAGAAACACUGGCGAUGCUGAGCGUCAUGCAUACUGCCGCGACUGUAUCAUGGGCCUUUUCGAAGCUUGCAUAACAGAUUCUUCGCAAUUUCCACCGCGAUGUUGUAAUCAGAUCCUACCGGUCUUUGCCUGCAUCCCUUUUCUGCCACCCGAACUCUUCGCUCGAUAUGUAGCCAAACGAGAAGAACUGGAGACGCGAAACCGAACGUAUUGCAGCAACUUCCUGUGCGCCAAAUGGGUCAGACCCUGCAACAUCGCAGCAGGCAUAGCUACAUGCGUGAACUGCGCCCAGAAGACGUGUGCCACGUGCAAGAAGAAGCAGCAUGCUGGUCUCUGUCUCGAAGACCAGGAUGUGAAGAAGCUCAUGGAUGUUGCAAAAGCCAAGCGCUGGAAGACUUGCCCAAAGUGCAAAGAGAUGAUAGAACUUGAGGCUGGCUGUUACCAUAUCAAGUACGUAUGA